AUGGUUCCCUCAAUCAUCACACCGCCGCCUAGUUGCGCUGGCGGCCCCAUCAGCCCAUCCAGCAUCUGCUCAGACCACGUUGAUAUUCCUGAUCAGGUUGAUGGCCGAUGGAUCAGGUUGCCCGAAGCUCUUUUUUCAUCCAUCAUGGCUGUUGAGCCGGAUGUCAACCCCAUGUACAAAACAUCAAAAGCUUUGUCAGAUGCUUGGCUAAAGGAUGCGCUACGGAUGAAUGACAAGACAGCUAGCAUCUGGAACCGACUCGAUAUCGCUUACAUGAGCGCCAUCUGCGCCCCCAACGCCGAUCUGGAAACGCUUAAGCUUAUGAAUGAUUGGAAUGGAUGGGUUUUCGCAUUCGAUGACCCUUUCGACGAAGGGUCCUUCGCCAACAAUCCCAUCAAAGCAGCCGAAGAAGUGAUUUACACUCUCGCUACACUCGACAACAUCCACCCCGUCGUAUCGCCCGACCAGAACCCCCUGCGCCAUACCCUGCAAUCAUGCUGGAACCGUUUCAGACAGCGAGCGAGUCCCGCCCUACAGUACCGAUGGAAGAAGCAUCUCACAAUGUACUGCAUUGGUGUUCUACAGCAAGUUGGCGUGCAGAACAAAGCGUCAAGACUGAGCGUUGAGGAAUACAUGGAUAUGAGAGCCGGAUGCGUCGGUGCGUAUCCCUGCAUCGGGCUUAUGGAGUUCGCUGAAGGAAUUGACUUGCCGCAAGACGUCAUGGAUCAUCCAUCUCUUGAAGCUAUCUCACGAAUCACAUGCGAUUUGGUUACUCUACAAAACGACUUGUGCUCCUACCGCAAAGAUCUUAUCCAAGGCGAGGAUAGCAACAUCAUGUUUAUCCUUAGAGACCAGGGUAUGACGGACCAGGAAGCCGCCGACGAAAUCGGUGAGAUGUUGUAUGAUUGUUACAGACGAUGGCACACGGCAAUGGCAAACCUUCCGUUUUGGGGAGAAGGCGUUGAUCGAGACGUGAUCAAGUUUGUCAACGGAUGCAGAAACAUUGCUCUUGGAAACCUUCAUUGGAGGUAUCUGGGUGACGAAGGUCCUCAGGUCAAGAAGACCCGAAUGAUGAAGCUUCCUUGA